AUGGAUUAUGUGGAUGCAUGUUAUCACACUCAGACAUAUUUCAAGGCAUAUGAAAACCUCAUACUACCUAUGAAUGGAUGGAGUUGUGGGAUAGAACUAAUAUGCCACCAUGUGUGCCUCCUUCAUACUCUAAACAACCUGGAAGGCCAAGAAAGGCUAGAAGGAAAGAAGCAGUUGAAUGCAGUAAGAAGGCCAAUGUUGUUACAAAAGUUUAAGACUCACUGA